GCCACUUAAGGCGGAGUCCGGAGUCCCGGCGUUCUGGCAGCACCAGAGUCCUGCAGCAGAGACGGGCUGGGCUGGCACUCACCCACGACCCCCCUUCCCUCCUAUGAUGGUCCGUCAGUAGCAGGUCCUAGACCCCCCGGGGGCACGUGGGCAGAGCUGGCAGCAGGCAGGUGCGCGGAACCACAAGAGCUCUAGGGCACUCUGGGGGCAGCUCUGCCUGCUGCCCUCUCUGGUGCCUGUGGAGAUGCCUAACUGACAGGAGAGUUAGUGAGGACAAGAACGCUCCCUUUUGGCCCAGGUCUGUUGUAUCCAUGGCUCUGCUGGCCAACCUGCUGCUCCUGUGCUGCUUGGCACUUCUGGCGCUGCCAGCCCAGAGCUGCGGGCCGGGCCGGGGGCCGGUUGGCCGGCGCCGCUAUGUGCGCAAGCAGCUCGUGCCGCUACUCUACAAGCAAUUUGUGCCUGGCGUGCCCGAGCGGACCCUGGGCGCCAGCGGGCCAGCCGAGGGAAGGGUGGCAAGGGGCUCCGAGCGCUUCCGAGACCUCGUGCCCAACUACAAUCCCGACAUCAUCUUCAAGGAUGAGGAGAACAGUGGCGCAGACCGUCUGAUGACUGAGCGUUGUAAGGAGAGAGUAAACGCGUUGGCCAUUGCCGUGAUGAACAUGUGGCCCGGAGUGCGCCUACGAGUGACCGAGGGCUGGGACGAGGACGGCCACCACGCUCAGGAUUCACUCCACUACGAAGGCCGUGCUUUGGACAUCACCACGUCUGACCGCGACCGCAACAAGUAUGGGUUGCUGGCGCGCCUCGCAGUGGAAGCCGGGUUCGACUGGGUCUACUACGAGUCCCGCAACCACGUCCACGUGUCGGUCAAAGCUGAUAACUCACUGGCGGUCCGGGCGGGCGGCUGCUUUCCGGGAAAUGCCACGGUGCGCCUGCGGAGCGGCGAGCGGAAGGGGCUGCGGGAACUGCAUCGCGGAGACUGGGUUUUGGCGGCCGAUGCGUCAGGCCGGGUGGUGCCCACGCCGGUGCUGCUCUUUCUGGACCGGGACUUGCAGCGCCGGGCUUCAUUUGUGGCUGUGGAGACCGAGCGGCCCCCACGCAAACUGUUGCUCACGCCCUGGCACCUGGUGUUUGCCGCUCGAGGGCCGGCGCCCGCGCCGGGCGACUUUGCACCAGUGUUCGCGCGCCGGCUACGCGCUGGGGACUCGGUGCUGGCGCCAGGCGGGGACGCGCUUCGACCGGCGCGCGUGGCCCGCGUGGCGCGCGAGGAAGCCGUGGGCGUGUUCGCGCCGCUCACCGCGCACGGGACGCUGCUGGUCAACGAUGUUCUGGCCUCAUGCUACGCGGUUCUGGAGAGUCACCAGUGGGCGCACCGCGCUUUUGCUCCCUUGCGCCUGCUGCACGCGCUGGGGGCGCUGCUCCCUGGCGGGGCUGUCCAGCCGACUGGCAUGCACUGGUACUCUCGGCUCCUCUACCGCUUGGCAGAGGAGCUGCUGGGCUGAGUGACCCAGGCACAGAAACCUCGAGGCGCCCAAGGAAACGGGGGCCUGCUGGGUGAGAUGUGGGGGUGUGGGCAGCAGAGGAAGCCGAUUGGGAGGGAAAGUGAGGGAGGGAGAGGGAGAAAAUGGGGCUAUGUGGAAACUGCCUGACUUAGGGGCAACCUCAAACUGAGAGGAGGUGAUCCCGGGUCUGAUCUGGUGCGCACUCCUUAAGGAGGACUAUUUAGCCUCUUCUCCAGUGCCUCAGCCCCACCCGAUAAUUUUAUUUCUUAUUUAUAAAUUGUAAUAUAAUGCUCUCCAUGCCCAACCUCCCAAGGUGAGGGGCUGGGGCAUGGCAUUAACACUGUCUGACACAGCCAGCCAGUCUGACAUCUGACAUUUUCCUACAGGUGGGCUAAUAAAGGGAAGGCUUUCAGGAGCUUAGCGGAAAACACCUCCAUUCAGAGGGUGAUUCACCUCUAGAGAGAGGGAGAAAGGCCACCAACCUGAGUUAACUGCUUACUUCCGGCUCUCCCUCCUUCCUCAGCAGGUUCUUUGGGACCUUAUUCCUUCCUUCAGAGGGGGCAUCCCAAUCCGUCAGCAACAGAGCCCACAAGAGUCAUGCCCUUUUCCAGGCUGCUGUUUCCAUCUCCCACCCAAAGAGGACCACAUUUUUUGCUCCUGAGGCUGCAUAGGGACUGGAGGGGCCAGAGUUGUCCGGGGCGGGAAAGACUGUGAGCACCCCUUCUCUGUUUAUAGGGGCUCCAGCAGAGGCUCAGGCCCCUAUGAGUACUGAUACUCAAAGCAUCUAGUUCCCUGUUUUAGACGGUAGUCCUAGUCCCCAUCCUACUCUGGUGGCAGAGUCUGGAUGGGGUGGAUGUUUUUUCUGAGAUGCCACUGGGCCAACUGAUGACCCAUGGGAAACCUGGCUAAUAAUUUGCAGUCCUCACAUACUCGUGGCCUGAAAAAAGAAGGGGGUUUCGGUAGGGGGCUGGAAUAUUUCCUUACCGAAGGGCUGCUCAGAGAGAGAGAAUGUGUUCAGCCUCAAUGUAUGUGUGGUAAUAAGGGCAUAUCAGCAUUACAAUCCGAGCUCCCCUCCUGACCGCUGGCCCUGGUGUUGUUUCUACUGGCUUGGUCUGCCCUCCUCCUCCCUCUUCCAUUAUCACCAGUUCUGCUUCCCUAGCCUGGGUGUCAAAAGAUUCCAAAGCAGUAGACACCUGGAAACCAGGCAGGCAGGUGCCCCUGAGUUAGGAAUGGAAGCUCUGGAGGAAGCUGGGCUGCUCCAGAAGGGAAGUGUCUUGGGAGGAGGUAAGGCGGGUAAGGGGAAAUAGGGGUUGUUGGUAUGCCCGGAGCUCGCCCUUGCCACCAGCAGCACUGCGCUCCCACCGCUCAGGGUCAUUGCUAUACACCGCCCUCUGGUGGCCUUCAAGAGAAUUCUAGGCCUACGUAUAUGGUUCUCUAAGACGGAAAGUGGUCUCAGACAUGGAAGGGUGUACUGGACCUGCGCAAAAGAGCCCGCUCCCAGGAGGGGAGAGAUGAUGGGUGGGCCUUGUUAAGCUGCCAGCGCUGAGCCACACAUACCAGGAACUGUCAAGGAGUCCACCUGCUUCUCCUUGGGAAAGCCCUUCCAAACCAUGGCACUUUUACAUCCUUCCGGCCUACUUUAGCUCCGUGGCUCCUGGAAGCACAGAUGUCCUAGUAGUAUACCUGUAGUAGUCCAGACUUCCUUACAUAUCAAAGUUGCUGCCUCAUGUCCCUCACCCUCACGACCUUUGAGUCCAGUUGUCAAGGAGGUGAAAGCAUAAUAGGGUUCCAGGUAGUGCUUGAUAAAGGCAAUAUUUGGAAGCAGGCCAAGUUUACCCUUGGUGUCCUUCCAACCACCACUGCCCUCAACCCACACUGGGUGUCUGUUGCCACCUUUGCUUUUCUGUGUCUCAGAAGCACUUUCCAAGCUGUGGAUCUUUCCUACUUUCUAAACCUGCCUUUGUCUCUUUUUAUCAGAUCUGAUGCCUUCCUGUUGUGUCACCACGGGCAAUGACUAAUCCGAUAAACAAAUUAGCUUUCCUAUGUU